GAACGACGGCAGGCUGUGGCAUGUCGGUAGCAUCGUAGCUCCGGGAUCCUGGAUUCGAGCGCGAGGUGAAGCCCCAGCAUGGCCAGCAGAUGACUGUUAGCCGAGCCGAUGCUCGUACUCGACUCUAAUAUGAGCGAAGUGGUGGCAGUGACGCCGACUGGUGGACCUACGCGCCAGGAAAGCGUGACACACAUCAAACGGCACAAACUGGCCAGCUGUAAUGUUCCUCUCGUGCACGGUCGGCCGAAUCCGUCGAUCAGUCCACGCAGCAGACUGACCACGCAUCAACGAAACCACAGUUUGGACUUCAGAUCAAUGGGUAUCCUAUUACCGCCGGUGCCUCAGGCAACCGCAACAACGCUGACACACCAUCAUAGAAAUCGGAGUUUGGACUCCGCUCUGCAACGGAUUCCAGAAGUGGACGUUACCCCGAGUCCGGAAUGCGAGAAUCCCGCACCUUCGUCGGUCUCUAAAACGACAACGGUAUCAUCGUCGUCCUCGGGACCAUGCGGAAAGAGCGCGCGCACUGCGCGAGAACGCGAAGAUCUGGCCAGUCUCGGUUCCGACGACUCCGGUAUACUCUGUGGCUCCGACAGCGGCUCGAGCGACGCCACGAACGCGCCCGCUACUCGCGAAUCCAGCGUGGAUCAUCUGCACAGUCGUGAGAGCCUCGAUUCAUCCGUGUCGCAGCCGGGUGACGUAUAUUCGGUCGAUGCAGUGGACGGUAUGGAGAACAGUGCCGGUAUAGUGUCAAUGUCGAUGUCAGUGCCGGUGUCACCUGUAGAACUGUCCACGCGUCUCAGUGACAGUCCAGCGUCUCCUGUAUCCCCCGAGAACGAAAACAACGGGGAUCGUUCCCGGUGCGACGACGCGAACGAUGGUAAAUGUUGCUCGAAGGAACCGCGAUCAAAUGUGAGUGUGCGAGAACGUGGCAACGAUAAUCAACAUGACUAUCAGGAAUGCGUCGAUAUUUAUCAAGGCGCUAUGCAAGUGUCGUCAUCGCCGUCCGUGGCCGAUACGAGCCAGAGUGAAUUGGCUGGAGCGGCCAUGACCCUUUGCUGCGGCACGACUGCAACGCAGCAGCAAGAAGUUGAAACGGUGAAAAAGCAAUCGGACAUCAUCCGUCGACAAAAACAAGAGACGAAGCAACCGAAACCUUCCGAAGGCUGUCUGUUGCGACUUUUCGAGAGCCAGAUAUUUGACAUGUCCAUGGCUAUAUCUUAUCUGUUCAAUUCCAAAGAACCUGGCGUUCAGAGUUAUCUAGGUAACAAGAUGUUCAGUUUUCCGGAUAACGAUGUGGAUUUUUAUUUACCACAGUUAGUUGUGAUGUAUAUACAACUUCACGAUGUAACAGAAGUUCUUUAUCCAUAUCUUGUCCAUAGAUGUAGACAGUCAGCAGAUUUCUCAUUAAAAUGUGCCUGGCUGCUAGACGCUUACAGUUCUGAUGCUCAUUUACCGUCAAAGAAGAAGUCUCAUGGGACCAAAUUGAAAAAUCUCAUCCUAUCAGAUGAACUCAGGCCAAAGGGAAAUGAGAGUCGAAAGCAGCGUGUUGCUGGAUUGCAAAUUCCAGCACCAUCACCAUUGCCUUCGACGCAAACUCUUACGUCGCCGAAUAAGAAAACUCACCAAAGAUCUCAGUCCGACGCUACUGGAUUAUUCCAGACUAUACGCCGUAGUCAUUCCGGUAUAAUAAAUAAAGUAAGUCUUGGGGACCUGAGCUCUGGUCGAGCGUUUGACAACGGCUGUACCUGCUUCUAUUCCUGCCAAGGUGUGGUUAACGAUUUGCGAGGCCAAAAAACCGAUUGUUUUUGUAAUGCACCCCGACUCGCGCCAGAACUCGAAUUUAUUCAAGCUCUAAUAUCAAUUGGUAAAUUGCUCGGGACUAUCCCAACAAAGGAAAGUAAAACCGUUCAAUUAGUGGCAGAGCUCAAUACGCUUAAUUUGAAUCUCCCUGCGAGGGUGUGGCUUCCUCUGCACAGUACGCUACCGCAUCAUAUCGUGCGAGUUCCGCCACAAUAUGCUGCCGUUCUUAAUAGCAAAGACAAGGCACCUUAUAUAAUAUAUAUGGAAGUAUUAGAGGUGGAGGAUUUAUAUACAUCGCCUGUGCCGACGAAAAUAAUGGGCAGCUCGUUAAGGCACACUAAGUCUGAGGAGAACUUAACAGGCGGUGAACAGUCUAACAUAUCCACUUCAGAUAGUCAACAGAAUUCGGCGGUACGACAAACUCCUGUAAAAAAUAUCUCGCCUUAUUCUGUUAGGAAUACAGAUGUGGCAUUUGGUUUCCCCGAUGACGAUCCUAAUGAUUGUUGGAGUCAGGAAGACGACGAGAUCACACAGCAGUAUUUACAGCUUCGUAAACCAAAAGAUCGUGAUACUAUAUCGCAACUGAGUCAAGAAUCGUCCGACAGCAGGGAACCAAUUUUUAUACCGGGCGACAUUAAAAGAAGAUUGAGCGAAAUGGCAGCUACGCCGAGCGCAACUUUCAGUCAUGAUCCCGAGGAUCCAUCGGCAGCGGUUCUCAAGGAGCCAUGGGAGCUGAAGCAACGACGCAUAAGAGCUUCCAGUCCAUAUGGGCACUUGGCAUCUUGGAGAUUACUCGCGGUAAUUGUAAAAUGCGGUGAUGAUCUCAGACAAGAACUUCUCGCCUCACAGUUGCUCUCAAUGUUGCAAAAGAUUUGGCAAGAUGAACAAGUGCCCCUUUGGGUACGACCGUAUAAAAUACUAUGUCUGUCAAACGAUAGUGGUCUGAUUGAACCUAUCCUGAACACCGUCUCGCUCCACCAAGUGAAGAAGCAGUGCCAAUUAACACUUUUCCAAUAUUUCGAACGAGAGUUCGGCCAUUCUACCUCAGAGACGUUCCGUAUGGCGCAGAGGAAUUUCAUUCAGAGCUGUGCCGCGUAUUGCCUCGUCAGCUAUCUUAUUCAAGUAAAAGACCGUCACAAUGGCAACAUUUUGCUGCACAGUGAUGGUCAUUUAAUCCAUAUAGAUUUCGGAUUCAUUUUGUCAACUUCGCCGCGAAAUCUCGGUUUCGAGACUAGCCCAUUUAAACUAACGCCGGAAUUUGUCGAGGUGAUGGGUGGCAAUCAGUCUAAACUUUUCGAGGACUUUAAGAGCCUCAUUCUUCAAGGCUUAAUUGCGGCGCGGAAGCACAUGGAGAAGAUAGUUAACCUUGUUGAGAUCAUGUUGUCGGGCUCUCAGCUUCCGUGUUUCCGCAGUGGUGGAGCGGCAACUGUUCAAGGUCUCAAGAAUAGAUUCCACCUUACGUUAACGGAGGAUCAAUUGCGUCGACAUGUUGAGGAUUUAGUCGAAGGCAGCAUUCACUCGUGGUCCACUAAACUCUAUGAUCGAUAUCAAUAUUUCGCAAACGGUACUCUUUAAUAUCAAGAUUAACAAUCUUCUCCGUCUAUCACAUUUCAGUUAAAACUCUUUCGUGAGGUAAAAAGAAAGGAUAUCAAUAUGUGUUGUGGUACUUCUUCCACAAUUUUUACAUCUAUUUAAUAACUCUGUUGACCAAUCGGCAGUUGCGUGCCAGCCAGUAAGCAUAUAGUCAAUCUAUCGUGUCGGGAAAUUUGUUCCGUAUAUUCACAAGUUAUGAUAAAAAUACGAUAACGUGUGUGUAAAAAAAGACAUUUAAUUAUAUAUUGCUGUUUAUUGUAAUUGGCGUUAGAGAUAUUUUCACAAUUUCUUCGGUAAACGUAUUUGCUUAAAUUAUGCUAUAUUUUGAGAAACAGCUUCUAUUAGUUUCAUUGUGUAAAUAAAAAAUUGUAAUUUUUCGUAUUAUAACAAUUGCACGAUAGCGGGGAAAAAGACGGAAAGUUUUUUCUGGGCAUGUAAGCUGAAAUUUCGAUUGGACAACGCUAUUUUCUAGCAUUCCACAAGCACAAAUGACGUUUUAGAGUGGAAAAACCGCUUUCCUCUUGAACAUGUAGAUAGCCUCGAUUAGGCUAAACGUAUAGAAUUCGAAUAGAUUGCUAUUCUUUGAGUUCGACGUUAUUCCUUGCUUUCGUGGUGGGCAAGAACGAUACGAAAUAUUUUUAGCAGAAUUCAAAGCGAUCUCGACGUUUGAUAAAUUAAGAAACUUCGAUAGAUGAAUGGAAUAUAUGAAUAUCUUAAGAGAACAUGACUUAGUUGAAGAGAAUGAGCGCGCUUCGUUGAAAGUUAAAAAUAUUUAUCGUCGUUUGAGAAAUUAGGUGAUGAAAGAAGGAAAUGAUCUAUAAGAAUUUUGGUAUCCAGUUGAUUACAUAUAUCCACUAUAUAUAACGUUUUUUGUUCGAUACAUUAAGACUGCUGUUGUUUACGUAUGCCUCGAUUGACAAAUUACGAAUUAGCUAUCGCCGCAGCGCAGACGUGACGUCAUUGACUGAGGGCGUUAGACUGCUAAAUCGAGUGUAGCUUAUAUAAACAGCGUAAUUUGUUAAAGGUGCCUUAUUUGUGUAGAGAAAUGUGGAGACGAUCAAACCUAGACACAGUGAAGUGACGUGUUAACGUGGCAAUCUUAGCGUGAAGCUGAUUGAGCGUGAAGCGGACAAUCUGUAAUUUGUAUGUAUAGCAAAGAAAAAAAAGAAGGAGAGAAACACUGCGUGGACUUUCGUAGAUAAUUUGCGGCAAUAAAAAAAGAGCCUACUAAACGGUAGGACGGAAUCAGCGAAUUUCCAUCCCGGGGAAUUUUAACGUAAUUUUAGCAAGUGCGCGAGAAGGCUACGUACAAAAGAUAGACUCGGAUACUAGCGGGAGGUGAAUACUCAAAAUAUUUCCUAUUUCGUAGAUUAGUAAUUCUUCGAUAAAUACAGCUAAUUGUACACGCGGUAUGAAAUUAAGGACUAAGCAUUAUACUACAGCGAAUCUUAAGGAUCACAUUUGAAAGUUUUUACAUGUUCUUAUAUUACGUAAACAUUCAUUCCCCCUUCCCUCUUCCUUCCUUUCUCAUAGCUGUGAAUGCGAGGAGAGUUGUAGCUGUGUACGGAAGAUAAUUAUUUAAUCGUAAUUCCUCGCGUGACGUUUUACGUACAUAUGUCCGUUUAAGUAAAUUAUAUAGAUAUAUAUAGAUAAACUAUAAAGAGAUAUUGUACAUAUAUAUGAAAUGACAAAUUUUAUCUCACCUUAUUAUACUAUAUCAGUUAAGAAUUUAAUCGAGAAUGAAUGUUUUUGAAACAAAAUCAAAGUUGCGGCUGGAGCUAGCCCGGAGUACCAGAGAGACCUGGGUCCUCUGACUUCCAAGUGUCUUAUAUCUUUCUCUCGCGCUCCCGCUGUCUCUUCUUCUCUUAUCAUAACCGUCUCACAAUAGACAGGCAGACCAGAAAUCGGAUAUGAUUAUAGGAUGAUUGAGAGAAUACGAAACUAAUCCGUCGUACUUGUGACACGUUGUCUUUUAUUUUUUAUUUCGGCGGACUCUCGUAAAAAAAUUGUAUAAUAUAAUUAUUAUACGUGUAAUUACGUGAAGGAUAUUAAUAUUCUCGUUGUUAUAUGCUGUGUAAGAAUGAUUGCGGAAGAACACGCGAAGGGAUAUCAAUCCUUUCGCUUUGGUCGAUUGAACGUGCCCGAAUUUACUUCCUAUUCUGUCGACACGUGAAAUGUCAAGAUCUCUGAUUUGCCUUGAUCUUUCACCUCAUUACAAGCUACUGGUAAUAUCCAUCAUUGAAUAAAUAUAAA